AUAUUUUUUAAAUAGUGUGUCUUGCUUAUUAAUAGUGUGUUUUGUUUUUAGACAACUUUUCAUGUCUAAUUAAUAGUGGUAACACGAAGAAAUAAAAAAAAAUGGUUGUCGAUGAGUUCGAUACAACCAUGGCAUUUAAAAGUUUUUCACGCUUACUAGCCAACUCUGUAACUAAUCGAUUCAAAUAAGAAUCAAUGAAGUUAUAUUUCGCAAAAGUUCAAUCUUAUUAUGUCUGUAAACUGUGUAUCUAGUAAUUAAAACAAAGAUACCUAUACGUAAUCAAUUUGAAUAGCGUGCGGUAUGAAAACGGAAUCUAAGAUAAAGUAUCGUUUCCGUUCGGAAUAAAGUUAUUCGCGUUUCGCAUUUUCUCGUAAAUAGAUACAUAUGUAUCGACAUUUGUAAUGCGAUAACAAAAAGGAAAUAAUAACAAGGGUAACAUUCGGCUGUUUAUUGUACAAUGGUUUCUCGUUCCGAAGGAAUCUCCGAUUGCGUCUAUGCGCUUUAUGCAAGGUGUCUGCAAUGGUGCAUCAGUCAGAUUAUGGAAAAAAUAACGUAUACGUGAACGGUGUAAUCGUGCACAAAUGUUUAUCUGUAAGACAGUGAAUAGAAUGGGAAAGCAAAACGAAUCUUGUUGGUGGUGCGUGAAAACCUUGAAUUGGAUACCAGUUAUUUUCAUCUUUACAAUUAUCGUGUGGUCGUAUUAUGCUUAUGUGGUGCAGUUAUGCUUUUAUACAAUAGAUAAUUAUAUUCAGAAAGCCUUUUACUUGUUUUUCUAUCACAUCCUAUUUCUAUUAUUUUUGUGGUCCUAUUGGCAAACUGUAUUUACAGACUUAAUAGAAGUACCAGACAAGUUUAGAAUACCAGAUGCAGAAAUGGAAAAAUUUCAACAAGCCGAAACAGAAGAAGUACAGAGACAGAUCUUAGAAAGAUUUGCACAAGAUCUUCCAGUUACAAAUCUCACUAUUAAAGGAGUAAUACGUUUCUGUAAAAAAUGUCAGUUAAUUAAGCCAGAUCGAGCACACCAUUGUAAUGUGUGCAAAACGUGUGUUUUAAAAAUGGAUCAUCACUGCCCAUGGGUAAACAACUGUGUAGGCUUUCACAACUAUAAAUUCUUCAUGUUGUUUUUGGCAUAUGCUCUUCUUUAUUGUAUAUUUAUUACUGCUACAACUUUACAAUACUUCAUACGUUUUUGGAAAGGAGAAUUGGAUGGAAUGGGCAGAUUUCAUCUAUUGUUUUUAUUCUUUGUGGCACUGAUGUUUGCAGUUAGCCUAAAUUCCCUUUUUCUAUACCAUUGCUACCUUGUUUUACAUAAUAGGUCUACAUUAGAGGCAUUUACAGCACCAAUGUUUCGUACAGGGAAGGAUAAAGAUGGUUUUAGUCUUGGGAAGUACAAUAAUUUCCAAGAAGUAUUUGGUGAUAAUGCUAAAUUGUGGUUCCUUCCUAUUUUUACUAGUCUUGGAAAUGGUGUCACCUAUCCAGUACGCGCGCAACAUCAGGGCCCACCCAAUACUUACGACUCCAUGGGAAGUACUCGAAACAGUUUUGGCGAUGGGGUAAACUUUCCUGAACGGCUGUGCAAUGAAGACACACAUACUCUGUUGGGGCAUACUACCCAACAGUGGGGUGAUGAGACCGAGCUUGACUCUCCACCUCCCUAUGGGUCGCAAUCAGCACUGCUAUAAUAGGUUCUGCUGCAGAUGCUAACCAACCGCUAGUGGAUACAACUGAAGUUGUUUGAUGCAGCAAUUAUAAUUUCUUCGUCUUUAUUGCAGACAUAUCUUUGGUGCUGACUAACAGAAUUCAGUUUCAAAGUUUUUAUGUAAAUCUUAUGCAUUUGUGACAUUUUAUUGCAAUCAAACCUUGUUUGUGUUUUUUAUUUCUUUUUUUUUUUUUUACCUUUACAAAGAUU